AUGGGGAAUACUAAUGGAAAAGAAGACGGUGGCGACAGCAACCAAUCUGGGGUGGAGAGCGGUGGUAGUGUGCAGGAUUGCAUGGUUGAUCAAGAUGGUGCGCACUGUAACUAUCCUGCGCAGGGUGGUGAGUUCAUGGGUCAGUCCCCCCCUCCUAGCCCUAGGGCUUCUCAUUCUCCUCUGAUAUUCAGGCCUCAGAUGCCAGUGGUUCCUUUGCAAAGAUCUGACGAGAGGCACAUCCCCAGCCCGUCAUGGAUGCAAACGACAUCAGGGUAUGAAGACAAGUAUAUGGAGCAAGGAAUUCCAACUAUGAUCAUAUGGAGCCAUGGGGGCCAGGAAGUGGCUGUGGAGGGAUCAUGGGACAACUGGAUGACAAGGAAGCCAUUACAGAGAUCAGGGAAAGAUUUCACCAUUAUGAAAGUACUGCCUUCAGGAGUUUAUCACUAUAGGUUCGUUGUUGAUGGACAACGUAGGUAUUCCCCAGACGUGUUAUGGGACCAGGACGAUGCUGGCAACUAUUACAACAUUUUAGACUUAAAGGAUUAUGUCUCGGAAGAUAUUGAGAGCAUAUCAGGUUUUGAACCGCCCCAAUCCCCAGAUUCCAGUUACAACAACUCGCAACUUGUUGCACAGGACUAUGCAAAAGAACCACCAAUGGUUCCUCCACAUCUGCAGUUGAGUUUGAUUAAUGCCCCGUCAGCUCACAUGGAAAUUACCCCUCCUUAUUCAAGACCUCAACAUGUUGUGCUAAACCAUCUCUACAUGCACAAGGAUAGGAGCCGUCCAUCAGUGGUUGCCCUUGGUUCGACUAAUAGGUUCCGUUCCAAAUAUGUGACAGUGUUGCUUUACAAGUCCAUACAGCGAUGA